CGCCCCCGCCGGGAGGCUCGGGACCCAGCAGCCGCUCCACGCGGCGGGAGGGCGGGGAAAUAAGAGGACCGGCCGCCCGUGCAUCCAGCCAAGCUCCUGGCGGACGGAUAUCGGAGGCCCGGGCAUUCGAGGGACGUGCAGUUGCAUCACGGAGAGCCUUUGCGAACCGUCUGGGGUCUUGGCGGAGACAUUUGUGUUUCGGGGGCAGCGCCCCUUCCUACCUCCAGGAGGCCGCGUUGCCCGGGUUACCGAAGGCCGCCGCACCAACGCCCCGCCCCUGACCGCCGAUGGCCCUCCCACGCCGGCUGCGGUCGCCCUCGGCGCUGCCUGAGAGACCUUGCGGGAUUUCAAGGGUGACUUGACUUCGCCGGAUCCUGGUCGGCAGGAACCUGUGAGAAGUUUCUACAAUGGUGGGCUCAGCUCUCAGGAGAGGUGCCCAAGCAUAUGUCUACGUGAUGAGUAAGGCCAGUCACAUCUCCAGAGGCCAUCAGCACCAGGCCUGGGGAUCGAGGCCUCCUGCAGCAGAGUGUGCCACCCAAAGAGCUCCAGGCAGUAUGGUGGAGCUGCUGGGCAAAUCCUACCCUCAGGACGACCACAGCAACCUCACCCGGAAGGUCCUCACCAGAGUUGGCAGGAACCUGCACAACCAGCAGCAUCACCCUCUGUGGCUGAUCAAGGAGAGGGUGAAGGAGCACUUCUACAAGCAGUAUGUGGGCCGCUUUGGGACCCCGUUGUUCUCGGUCUACGACAACCUUUCUCCAGUGGUCACGACCUGGCAGAACUUUGACAGCCUGCUCAUCCCAGCUGAUCACCCCAGCAGGAAGAAGGGGGACAACUAUUACCUGAAUCGGACUCACAUGCUGAGAGCGCACACGUCUGCACACCAGUGGGACUUGCUGCACGCGGGACUGGAUGCCUUCCUGGUGGUGGGUGAUGUCUACAGGCGUGACCAGAUUGACUCCCAACACUACCCUAUUUUCCACCAGCUGGAGGCCGUGCGGCUCUUCUCCAAGCAUGAGUUAUUUGCUGGUAUAAAGGAUGGAGAAGGCCUGCAGCUCUUUGAACAAAGUUCUCGCUCUGCGCAUAAACAAGAGACACACACCAUGGAGGCUGUGAAGCUUGUAGAGUUUGAUCUUAAGCAAACGCUUACCAGGCUCAUGACACAUCUUUUUGGAGAUGAGCUGGAGAUAAGAUGGGUAGACUGCUACUUCCCUUUUACACAUCCUUCCUUUGAGAUGGAGAUCAACUUUCAUGGAGAAUGGCUGGAAGUUCUUGGCUGCGGGGUGAUGGAACAACAACUGGUCAAUUCAGCUGGUGCUCAAGACCGAAUCGGCUGGGCUUUUGGCCUAGGAUUAGAAAGGCUAGCCAUGAUCCUCUACGACAUCCCUGAUAUCCGUCUCUUCUGGUGUGAGGACGAGCGCUUCCUGAAGCAGUUCUGUGUAUCCAACAUUAAUCAGAAGGUGAAGUUUCAGCCUCUUAGCAAAUAUCCGGCUGUGAUCAAUGAUAUUUCAUUCUGGUUGCCCUCUGAGAAUUACGCAGAAAAUGAUUUCUAUGACUUAGUCCGAACAAUUGGAGGAGACCUGGUGGAAAAGGUUGAUCUCAUAGACAAGUUUGUACAUCCAAAGACGCACAAGACCAGCCACUGCUACCGCAUCACGUACCGCCACAUGGAACGGACUCUGUCCCAGAGAGAGGUCAGGCACAUCCACCAGGCCUUGCAGGAGGCUGCAGUCCAGCUGUUGGGUGUGGAGGGCAGGUUCUGAUGUCACCACUUCACUCAGGCUGCAGCCCUCUUGGGGCUCCAGGAUUUGCUGAAAGAGAAAAAGAUAUGGUUUGUGAAUUGGGGCAUCAAUCAUCUUUUGAUAAAUGGAUCAGUUUUAGGACUUUCAGAAAAUAAAAGAUCGCUCUUGAAAA